UCGGGCGGUGGCCGUGGGUCUCCGGAGGGGUCCCCGGGCAGGGGCGCCGGUUGUCAGAUGUGCAUGAGGAGGUGCCUGGUCGGCCUCACCUUUUGUACCUGCUACCUGGCUUCUUACCUCACGAACAAGUAUGUCCUGUCUGUCUUGAAAUUUACCUACCCUACAUUAUUCCAAGGGUGGCAGACAUUAAUUGGUGGACUUUUGCUUCACGUGUCAUGGAAACUGGGCUGGCUGGAGAUCAACAGCAGUUCAAGAUCUGAUGUUUUGACGUGGCUUCCUGCUUCAGUGCUGUUUGUGGGUAUAAUCUAUGCUGGUUCCAGAGCAUUGUCCAGACUGGCCAUUCCUGUGUUUCUCACUUUACAUAAUGUAGCUGAAGUCAUUGUCUGUGGGCACCAGAAGUGUUUUCGGAAAGAGAAAACUUCUCCUGCAAAGAUCUGUAGUGUCCUCUUCCUCCUGGCCGCUGCAGGAUGCCUUCCCUUCAGCGACUCCCAGUUUGAUGCAGAUGGAUAUUUCUGGGCUGUAAUUCACUUAUUCUGCAUAGGGGCUUAUAAGAUACUACAGAAGUCCCAGAAACCCCACGCGUUAAGUGACAUUGACCAGCAGUACUUAAACUAUAUAUUCAGCGUGGUGCUCCUGGCAUUUGCGUCUCAUCCCACAGGUGAUCUCCUCAGCGUCUUGGACUUUCCGUUCCUGUAUUUCUACAGAUUCCAUGGCAGCUGCUGUGCCAGUGGAUUUUUAGGAUUCUUUCUCAUGUUCAGCACAGUGAAGCUAAAAAGCCUUAUGGCCCCAGGGCAGUGUGCAGCCUGGAUUUUAUUUGCUAAGGUAAUCACAGCUGGUUUAUCGAUAUUGCUGUUUGAUACGACUCUGACCAGAGCAACCGUGGGAUGCCUCCUGGUCGGCGGACUUGGAGAGGCCUUGCUGAUUUUCUCAGAGCGGAAGGGCUCCUAAAGACGACGCGACGCGCACGGAAGGGGGCUCCCAGGGUGCCAGCUGGGGAACAGCCCCUGCGCUUGGAGCUCCGUGUGUGGUGUUAGGAGAGCACGCACGGUGAGACCAGCACUUCUCACUGCGACAGAGAGAAAUUCCUGGGCUCCCCGGGCUGCUGCAGAGAACCGACUGUGUUGCGUCUUCCCACUUUGAGAGGCUCACUCGAGUCGUGUUGACCGUGCUGCUCCCAGCUGUGCA